AUGGUUUUCUCACGCGCUUGAACGUUAGAAGCGUUUGAACCGCAUCUGGUUGGGACAAUAUUGCACUGCGAGUUUUGGCGCGAAAGUCGGUACAGCGUGUUUAACAGUCGCUUGCGGUUUAGAUUAGUCUUCGUGAGAUCAUGCCCCCCAAGAAAGCGAUGAAACGAACUGCCUCGGUGCCUCCGGCAGAGAAUUCGGCGAAACACGCGAAGACCAACAAGCACAGAUAUGAAUUUGUGCCUGCACCCAAUUUGCCACGGCGGCAGAUUGCAGGCUCGAUCCUGAGUUUUGGACAGGGGGAUGUUGGUCAGCUUGGGCUGGGCGAAGAUGUGCAUGAAAAAACGCGCCCUGCCGUCAUACCUGAACAUGAAGAUAUCGUUGACAUAGCAGCAGGUGGUAUGCACAAUGCAUGCCUAAAUAAAGAUGGGAAAGUUUUGUCCUUUGGUUGUAAUGACGAGGGAGCGCUUGGACGAGAUACUAGCAAAGAAGGCUCGGAGACUUUUCCAGGAUUUGUUACGCUCCCAGAAAAAGCUGUACAGGUCACUGCCGGUGACUCGCAUUCGGCGGCCCUCCUUGAGGAUGGCAGGGUAUUUGCGUGGGGGGCUUUCAGGGAUUCACACGGAAAUAUGGGACUUACACCUCGAGGAAACGAGAGGUUUCCUGUGGAGAUAUUACCUGGUGUAAAAGUGAUUAAAAUCGCGUCUGGGGCCGACCAUCUUGUUUUACUGACAGGUAAAGGUCAAGUAUAUACCUGUGGCUGUGCUGAGCAGGGGCAGCUUGGACGAGUAGCUGCAAGAUCAGCUGACCGACAUAGUCGGUAUGGAAUUACCCAUCUCCUAACUCCAGGACUAAUUACCCUCAAGGCGACAAAAAAGCUAUUAUUUCAAGAUAUUUGGACAGGAUUAUACUGUACAUUUGUGAAAGAAUACCACCACGGGGAGAUAUAUGUUUUCGGAUUAAACAAUUAUUAUCAAAUAGGUCUUACAGAAGCUAUCGUACAUCCUUACCCUCAAGUUUCAAAAACCUUCAGCGGUCGUGCAUGGAAACACAUCAGCAGCGGUCAACACCAUACUAUUGCCCUCGAUGAAAUGGGACAGGUUUUCACCAUGGGACGGAAAGAAUAUGGUCGACUAGGCCUUGGACCAAAUUGCACAGAUGCCAAGGAACUUGUUCCAGUUCCGGCUCUUAAAUCAAUUAAAUGCAUAGACGCGUGUACGGGAAGUACACAAUCAUUUGCUGUCACCAGUGCAGGAGAGUUAUAUGCUUGGGGGAUGGGUAGCAGUGGCCAGUUAGGCACAGGGAAAGAAGAGGACGUCGAGACACCAGUUGUUAUCAAAGGAAGACAACUAGAAUCGAGAACUGUUAUACGAGUAGCAGGUGGUGGUCAACACACAGUUAUUUUGGCUAUACCUCGACCAAUCGAGGAUGAAAUCACUAAUUAAAUAUGGUGAUCUGACAAAAUUCCGGUGUAGCUCUGUUAAUGGCUCAGUUAUCUAUAUUUACUAUUGAUUUUUAAGAAAUUAUUGAAUGAUUCGCAAGUUCCGUUGCCCUGGACAAUUAAUAAUGGAAAAGUAUUUAAGGUGCAUGUAAUCAAGCGUUGGUAGCGUACCACGGUAUGUACUGAUACUUGCCCUCUUGCUACAACAAUCAAUUCUUUGUUUCCUCCGAGACAAUUUGCUCGGUUUAAAUAUUUUCAUACGAUAUUCGAGUGGCAGGGUCAGUAUGAAACGGUAAAAUUAUGCUAUGGGGUAAACAUUUUUUACUGUCUUGUUCACUGUUUUGCCGCAUCUGUUACUCUCGUGGAGCUACACUGCCCAGAGUGAAACCCUAAUGAAUAUGCGUCAUGAAAGACUGAAUGUUUUACACGGAUUUCUGUAAAGAUAGGAGCGAUUGCACGCCAAAGACAAUAUUUUUUAUUACAGCAAAUCGUGCGAUAACCGUACCUCGGAUAAUACAUCUACCUGUACCCAACGUUGUUACAUAUAUCAAUAUACUGUUCACAAAACGUUA